AAUAUCUCAGUCACAUACUUUGGAGAUAUUGAAUUUAUUUCCAGAAAUUUUAAAUGAUUGUUUCCGUAGUGAUCUUACAGAUACUAAAGAGAAAAAAAUAUCAGAAUGUUGCCUAGUUUGGUUUAAAAACUUUAUAGACAAGCUCAACUCAUCAAACGAAAGCGACUUGAUUUUUUUAAUGUUUCAACGAUUAGAACUUGUGCAUCCAUUUCUUAGUCAAAGGAUUAAUGUUUGGCAAAAUUUAUCAGAUAUUGUUAUAGAAAGAACAAAGAAAUGUCAAGAAAAUCAAAUCUUUGAUGCAAUAAAAUUAGUAGUAGUACAAAUUAAACAAAAUGACGUUAAAAAAUUAUUUUUAGACACGGUAAAAGAAAUAUUAAACAAACACUAUCCAAAAAAUGAUUAGCUGAAUAUGCAAUUAUAUUAGCAGAAACACAAUAAAUAUUUUUAGUGCUUAAAUUUUUUUUAUUAAAAUAAUAACUUAAAAUGAACGAAAAUAUUUGUAUCAUAUGAAUAGAUCAUAAGUUCAAUAAUUCUUCCGAAAUUU